CGCAAAUUGGAACCGUCCGUCACCCGGAAGAACUCUGCUCCACGCUAUCUCCUCCCUUUCCUGUAGCAGCUGGCGGCGACCAUGGCUAAAAUUAAGGCCCGAGACCUGCGCGGUAAGAAGAAGGAAGAGCUGUUAAAGCAGUUGGAUGACCUCAAGGUAGAACUGUCACAGCUCAGAGUUGCUAAGGUGACAGGAGGAGCUGCUUCUAAGCUGUCCAAAAUCCGUGUUGUUCGCAAAUCGAUCGCCAGAGUUCUGACUGUGAUCAACCAGACACAAAAAGAAAACUUGAGGAAAUUUUACAAAGGCAAGAAGUACAAGCCUUUGGAUUUGAGGCCAAAGAAGACCAGGGCUCUCAGGCGCCGGCUGAACAAGCAUGAGGAGUCUUUGAGGACUAAAAAGCAGCAAAGAAGGGAACGUCUCUACUCUGUGCGCAAGUUUGCUGUCAAAGCAUAAGUCUCAUGUGUUAAAUAAAAUGUGUUACUUAUU